GGGCUUUAUGCGCUACAAAUAAGAGUGUUUUAAAGGAGCUCGGGCAGUUAUGUAAACCAAAAUAAGCAGUGCACUUCCGGAAAAGGGCUGCCUUUUUCUGUAACGUUAUCAAAGAGAGUUUGACUGGCUAGCUACGCGUCAGCUAGCCUAAUAUGCUACUGUAAGCUGUCUAGCUGGUGCUGUAGUUUUUAUUAAACCGUCCGUGAAUUUCACCUACAUAUUCUUUCAAUACCACCUUUCAUAGUUCUGUAGAUAUGGAAAAUAGCGGUCCCAUCUUAGCAGAAACUAAGCUGCACACAAAUCAGCUUAGGCUAGCAGCUAGCCACAUCCCACUGUCCAGUUUACUCCACAGAGCUAGCUCGCUAACGUUAGCUGCAGACCAAACCAGCUGUAUGUGUUGAUGGCGGCGCUAUUUUGAGGCCGCACUGUUUUUCUCUGUAUCACUGGCAGUGUGUAACAGAUCUGGGGGUGGUUGUAAAAAAAUUGCUGAACAGUGUUCAUUGUAGUGAAAGUCUGUGCUGAGUUAAUGCAGCAGCUCUGUCCUCACCCAUCCAUGCUGGAAUAUCCAAAACAUGCCUCUCAGCCAAGAGUGAUUAGAGGCUAAGCAGGCUGAAAUAUCCCCGUGUGAAAGUGUUUGGCUUCAAUUUGAGUGAAGAGCUGGGUUUAUAACACUUUCUCUAGAUGAGACAGGAGGCUCUGACAGAGUGUAGUUCCUGUUCAGCAGCCACAACCACACUGUGGGUCUGUUUGGCAUCAGAGUAAAGUUCAGCUUUGGUGGAUGAAGUGAAAGAAUGAAGCUUUAACAGCUCAGUAUGUACUACUUUAAUGACAGAAUGACUUCUUACAUGUUUCAGAUCUAUAUUAGUUGAGAACUAUGUUUAAAGCCAUAGAAGUUCCUCAUUGUCAUGGCUGCAACCAGGGCUUGACUUUAACACCAACCAACCUGCCAAAUGUAGAUUUCAGCCUCGGCAGGUACCACUGUGACUCCAGCUAGCCAUUCUGACAGGUAGAAUCUACGGCUAACACAACCUGCUUCACUGUGACUGUACUUGGCCCAGUGUUUGUGAAUUAGAUGCUCAUUACAACAUGAUUGAUUUGGAGGCAUUUUUUCCUUAAAUGCCUGUAAUGUGGCUCCGCCUCUUUGUACCACGAACAACAGGACAGUAUGGCCACCACUGUUGCUGUCAGUCCCAGUGAGUACCUCCAGCCCUCCACCGCCGCCACACAAGACACCCAGCCCUCUCCUCUGGCCCUCCUGGCUGCCACUUGUAGUAAAAUCGGCCCUCCUGCUGCUCAGGCUCCUGUCGCUCCUCCUCCACCGCAGCCGCAGCCUCGCAGGCUCCUCCCCAUAAAGCCAGCUCCAAUCGCCCCUGCUCCACCCAAAAACCUGGGCUUCCUGUCAGCUAAGGGCAAUGUGAUCCAGCUCGCCGCCGCCGGCCUGGGGUCCCCGGCGUCCGCCAGCCCCAUCGUGCUCACCAUCCAGCAGAGCCCGGCUCGCACCAACACCGCUGCUCCCGCCAACAUCCAGUACCAGAUGGUGCCUCAGAUCCAGGGUGCUCAGACCAUCCAGGUGAUGCCCCAGGGAGGACAGAUCCAGCUCAUACCAGGCACUAACCAGGCCAUCAUAACGACCCCCAUGACUGUACCCGCCCCGGCCGCCGCCACCGCUCCGGUCACCCCGCAGAAGACUGUAGCCAUCAAGCCCUCGCCAAAGCCACGCAAGCUGAACAACUCUACAGCCAACGUGGUGCAGCUGCCAAGCGGGCUCACGCUGCCUCUCAAUGUGGCGACGGGUGAAGUGGGGGGAGCUCAAAUCAUCACAGAGACAGCUGCAGCUCCGCCCACUCCAGGAAAAGGGAGGCGAGGGAGGAAGAAGAAGGUGGUCCUGGCCGCUCAGCCUCCUCCGACCCCUCCCUCACAGGCAGCCUCACCUCCACCUGAGCAGAUGGAGACGAUCGUCAUAGAAGCCGGAGACAACAUCAUUCAGGCAGGAAACAACCUCCUGAUUGUGCAGAGUCCCGGACAGCCAGCAGUGGUGCAGCAGGUCCAGCUGGUCCAGCCCAAACAGGAGUCCCAGGUGGUUCAGAUCCCCCAGCAGGCUUUGAAAGUGGUGCAGGCCGCCUCCGCCACGUUGCCGCAGGUCCCACAGAGACAGUCUGCCCCACAGAGCCUUCAGGUCACUCCGACAGAUCCGUCACCGACGCAGUUCAUCUUUAAAACGGCGUCUGGUGAGUGGCAGUCUGUCCAGCUCCAGGACUCUGGUUCCACAGCAACAACACCCACCACCCCAGUCACACCCACCACCACCGCCAUCUCUCCCCCCGCUGGUACCAAGAGGACGCUGGCCGGAGGACGAAAGGAGCGGACUCUGGCUAAAAUCGCUCCGGCAGGGGGGAUGAUAUCGCUGAAUGCUUCUCCACUCUCCACAGCGGCUCAGGCGGUUCAGACGAUCAGCAUCAACGGGGUCCAAGUGCAGGGGGUUCCUGUGACCAUCACAAACGCUGGGGGCCAGCAGCAUCUCACCGUGCAGACGAUGCAGGGUGGAGGACUUCAGCUAGCAACAACACAGGGCCAGCAGGCCAUCCAGGUAGACCAGACCCUGACUCUGGAGCUGCCCAGCCAGCCUGGAGAGAAGAAACGACGCAUGGCCUGCACAUGUCCCAACUGUAAAGACGCAGACAAAAGGCCAGGAGAGGUCGGGAAGAGGAAGCACAUCUGCCACGUACCCGGCUGUGAGAAAACGUUCAGGAAAACGUCACUGCUCAGAGCUCACGUCCGACUGCACACCGGCGAAAGACCCUUCGUCUGCAACUGGGUUUUCUGCGGGAAACGUUUCACACGCAGUGACGAGCUGCAGCGGCACGCCAGGACGCACACAGGAGACAAGCGCUUUGAGUGCAGCCAGUGUCAGAAACGCUUCAUGAGGAGCGACCAUCUGACGAAGCAUUACAAGACUCACAUAAACACCAAGAACCUGUGAGCCGCCCGUUCAUGGCUUUUAAAGGCAGAAAAACUCUGAAACUGAAAACUGUGUUAGAGGAAGGAGGGGUGGAGGAGACGACACCCCGGGAAUGUUGGGGACUUACCCCAGAACGGGAACUAACUCCAAAACCAGCCCCUGUACCCCCUCUCACUCCUCUAGGACACUGUGUAGCGACGUGUACAAAUAAAUCCUCCCUGGUGGACUUAAACUCAUCCUACAGAUUAAUAAAUAUUAGUUCUCUUUGUUUUUCUCUUCUCUGGUCUGAGCGGAGACCAGGACCAGCUCUGACUAAACCCAGAAGAAGAAAAGGUGGCCAGGUUUCAGUCUCUGCUCUUUUAUUUAUGAACUUCUCUGAGGGAAGAGCCGCCGAUUUAUCCCGACACCAACGCCAGGACUCCAGUCAGUCAAGUAGAUUUUUUUUCUCCUCUUCCCCCAGAUGCUGCUCGCUUAUUUAACUUAUUUGUUGUGAACAUCUGGAGCUCCAACACCGUCAGGUACCAAAAAAAGAUAAAAACCCCUGCUCUGUUUUCUGUUUUAAAAGAUUUUUUUAAACUCACUGGAACAGAAAUUGUGUUUUAAGUUUUUGUGUUUCAGCUGGAGUCGCUGCUGAUUGAAAAAACUGGGGAGAAAUACCUAAAAUUGUCCAUAUAAGACUCUUGAAAAUCUGAAGAGGUUUACAUUGGCUAUUUUUAAAAUGUGUAAAUGCAUUCUAUUAUGCUAAUUCUAAUUAAUAAACUAUUUAUAAUUUU